UGACUUCUGGGCUGAAGCUCACCAGGCCCUGAAGCCCGUGCUUGCCAGGACCUAGAUUUGGUCUGGUGCUACGGGGUUGACAGCUUCCUCUCCUGCAUCCAGUCGCACGCAGGUCCUCAUCAGCUCUUGCAAACCUCUCUGGAAGGAGCCAUGGGUCCCCAGCCCACCCAGGGUUUGCUGUUCCUCUUUCUCCUCGGAGCCUCCUCCUUGACUAUGGCACAAAAUUUCUAUUGUCACAAGGGUAUAGCCAUGAGCGUGGAAGAUGAUCCGAGCAUGUUUGACUGGAGCACAGAGAAAUUUGAGACUUGUGACAAUGGAUCGCUUUGCCAGGAAUCCCUGCUGAUUGUUAAAUCAGGGCCCAAGACAGCAAUUGUAGCGACGAAGGGCUGCAUCUCCGACGAGAAUCCGGCAAUAACGUUUGUCCAGCACUCCCUACCCCCGGGCAUCAUGGUGGUCUCCUCCAGCCACUACUGUGAGCUCUCCAAUUGCAAUGACAGAGCGAACUUACCUGAUUUAUGGAGUGAAAUUCUCCCAGCUUCCAAUGGGUCAGAAACCCUCCACUGCCCAACCUGUGUGGCUUUUGGGACCUGUCUGAAUGCGCCUUAUCUCCCCUGUCCCAAUGAUACAAAUAGAUGCUAUCAAGGAAAACUUCAGGUGGCUGGAGGAGACAUCGACUCAACUUUAGAGGUCAAAGGCUGUACAUCCAUAACUGGCUGCAGGAUGAUGUCUGGGAUCUUCACAAUAGGACCCAUGUAUGUGAGGGAAAUAUGUCCAUACCAAACUCUCAUUGAGCCCCGCAAGGUUGAAAAUGGAGCCAACUGGCUUCCCAUUUCAGCUGGGAAGUUAGAGCUACUGCUGCUGCUGUUGCUGCAGUUGCCAGUCCAUUGUUCCUGAAGAGACAUCUGUCCCAAGUCACAGGACACCUCUUUGGACUGGGAGCCUUCUGAUUGCUGGUCAUCAAAAGUUGGAGACUUGAAGAACAGAGAAUUCCUGUGAAUGUAUUUGAUGUUUCUAAUAAAGUUUCUGCUAUAUUUGGUA